CCCCGCGCCCGGACUUGCCGCCGCCCGCCGCUCUCUCGUGCCGACAGCCAGGCGCGCGCGUCUCUGUCCCCGCCUGGUAGCACCGCUGAAGAUGGCGAGCGCGGCGCCCCAGGAGAACGCCGAGGAAGGAUGCCCGGCUCCGGCUGCCGGGGAGCUGGCACUACAGCGGCCGCCGCCCCAGGCUCCCCUGGAAGAGGAGGCGCAGGAGGAAGCCCCGGAGGAAGGCGCGGCGGCAGCCGGCGCGGGGCCGCAGGUGGAGGAGGCCUCGGGCCGGGUGCCCGCCGCGGUGACCUGGCUGCUCGGGGAGCCGGUGCUGUGGCUGGGCUGCUGCGCCGAAGAACUCCUGAGCUGGAAGAGGCCGCUGCGCAGCCUGCUCGGCUUCGUGGGUGCCAACUUGCUGUUCUGGUUCCUUGCAUUGACUCCAUGGAGAGUAUAUCAUCUGAUUUCGGUCAUGAUCCUUGGGCGUGUUAUUAUGCAAAUAAUAAAGGAUAUGGUUUUGUCUAGAACAAGAGGUGCACAGUUGUGGAGAAGCCUCAGCGAAAGCUGGGAAGUCAUCAAUUCCAAACCGGAUGAAAGACCCAGACUCAGCCACUGUAUUGCAGAAUCAUGGAUGAAUUUCAGCAUAUUUCUUCAAGAAAUGUCUCUUUUUAAACAGCAGAGCCCUGGAAAGUUUUGUCUCCUGGUCUGCAGUGUGUGCACAUUUUUUACAAUCUUGGGAAGUUACAUUCCUGGGGUUAUACUCAGCUAUCUACUGUUACUGUUUGCGUUUUUGUGUCCACUGUUUAAAUGUAAUGAUAUUGGACAAAAAAUCUACAGCAAAAUCAAGUCAGUUCUGUUGAAACUAGAUUUUGGAAUUGGAGAAUAUAUUAAUCAGAAGAAACGAGAGAGAUCUGAAGCAGAAAAAGAAAAAAGUCACAAAGAUGACAGUGAAUUAGACUUUUCAGCUCUUUGUCCUAAGAUUAGCCUCACGGUUGCUGCCAAAGAGUUAUCUGUGUCUGACACAGAUGUCUCAGAAGUAUCCUGGACUGAUAAUGGGACCUUCAACCUUUCCGAAGGUUAUACUCCACAGACAGACACUUCUGACGAUCUUGACCGGCCUAGUGAGGAAGUUUUCUCUCGAGAUCUUUCAGAUUUUCCAUCUCUAGAAAAUGGCACGGGAACAAAUGAUGAAGAUGAAUUAAGCCUUGGCUUGCCCACUGAGCUCAAGAGAAAAAAGGAACAUCUGGAAAGUGGUCACAGACCAAGCAAAGAGAGACAAUCAGCAGCUGGUCUCACCCUUCCUCUGAACAGUGACCAAACUUUCCACUUGAUGAGCAACCUGGCCGGGAACGUCAUCACAGCUGCAGUGACUGCUGCUAUUAAAGACCAGCUAGAGAGUGCUCAGCAAGUACUUGCUCAAGCUGCACCCAGCCCAGGGGAGGACACAGACACUGAAGAAGGUGAUGACUUUGAAUUACUUGACCAGUCAGAGCUGGAUCAAAUUGAGAGUGAAUUGGGACUUACACAAGACCAGGAAGCAGAUGCACAGCAAAGUAAGAAGUCUUCAGGCUUCCUUUCAAAUUUCCUUGGAGGCCAUUAAUCUGGGAAUCAGCCUCCAGCAGCACAGAUAAACCACCAAAAAAUUUCAAACAAGACAAAAAAAAAAAAAAAAAAGGAAAAAAAAAAUUGAACUGUGAGCUUUAAUGAUUACUUUAGAUUUUUAUUUUCCCUUCUGCAGUGAAUUAAUUGGAUAUAUAUCAGCUGACACUGAUAGAUUGAUAUUUCUGAUAGUUAUUUUUACGUAAUAAGCAUGGAAAUGAACUUUAUAUAUAUAUAAAUAUAUAUAAAUACUGUGUUGUCAGAAAAUAUUAGGGGUUGUUUUUAAAGCAUAAAGAAAAGAAUACCCAAAUACCAAAUUAUUAAGAUCCUUCUAUAUAAGUAUUCUCUAUUUUUACUUAUAAUUAAUUUUUAAGCAUGCAAAAUUUUGUUGUCACUGAAAAAUAUUAAUAAUUGUGAAUUCAUGUUGUAUCCGCUCCCUUACUCCUAAUACUUGCAAACAGUUAAAAAAUAAAACCUGAUAGACUUCAAUAUAAAAAAGACAAAUUAUCAGGAUGUCUUUAGUUGAAGGAUUUGGGAAAUACUAUGAAAAUUAAUUUCCUAGGAAAUAUUUUUAAAACAUACUUAAGCGCUAUGGGUAAGCUGAAACAUUUCCAUGUUCUCUCUGUAGAACAGAGGCUUAAUUGUAAGGUGGCAUUCUACAUUGAUUGCCAUCUCUAGGCUUGCAGUGGGUGGUAUUAACCCAUAGAGAGUGAGUAGUUACGUAUCACAUAGAUGGUGGUUAUGAUGCAAACAGAGAUUCAGCUGUUUUAUUGUUCAGUUUUGUCAUGUUUGUAAUAGGAGUGUUGUAAGUACAGGUCUAUUCUGCCUGUUUAGACUUAAGUUAAACCUUCAUCUUUUAUAUUGUUUCAUAGAAAGAGUCUCCUAAAAUCGUGAAACUAGUUCUUGAUAUGUUCUAUGAGUGAUGUGGUCAUCAGCAAUAACAAAAGUGACUUUUUCUUAUUUGUUAGAUAGAAGAGAGGAACUUGCUUGGCUUUAAAGUGUAUUUAUUUGCCAUUGAAGUCUAAAUAUGUAAUCUGUUUCUUAUUGGGAAGUUAAAUAUAUAUUUUACUUAAAAUUUUUUGGUCACCUAUAAUCAAAUUUGACUUGCAGUUUAAAACAAAGGACUAAAAAGCAGAAACCAAGAUAGCUUUUGUUUUUGUGAUACAGACUUUUAGUAGUGUUGAGGGACCAUGUCAGCAACUAUCUAUAAACUCAUAAAUCUUCAGUUAGAGCUGGCAUUUCUGCAGAUGCACAGACAUCUGAGAUCCUCAGAAAGGAAGGAUAAUCUAAGAAUAUAGGAAAUCAGCAUUCCCCUCCUUUCAUUGUAUCUCUUAUAUUUCUAAAAAUGAAUUAUAGGUUUUAAUGUAGAAUCUUAUUUAUUUUUUCUUUCUGAGGUAUUAAAAUAUCUAGACUGAAUUUUGCCAAAUGUUAAAGGGAGAAAAGCUACUGAAAACUUCGAACAUUUGCUUUUUGUGACUAAGCUUAUGUUUCAUUAGUGCCUCAUGACUGUGUUUGAUGUCCCUUAUUGAUACUAAGUGAGCCUGUGCCUUCAUUAUCUUGCCCAUUUUGGUACAAAUGUCAACCUGUGUUAGAAAAUCUCUGACUGUGGGUUUUGGAAGAAUAUACCUGAAUUCUACUCAAUAAGUUUCUGGACAUGAAGAAAAAUACAGUCACAUAUUUAUAAAAUA